GAUACGUAUUCGUAAUAUGUGUCAAAAACGACCAAAACAAAACAAACGAUAAGUGCAAUAAAGUCCGAAAUGGACUUCUCUGAUUUUAAUGAUGAAGAUUUCCAUGCAAAAGAUUGGAUAAAUAAAAUUUUAAAAACACCAGAAUCAGAAGUCAAUAAGGAAGCAUUUGUACAAACUCUGGUUACUAAACUUCAGAAUUAUAUGGCACAAGUAAAUGGUAACAUUGAAAAAACUAGCAAUGAACUUUUACAAUCAUUACCAAAAAUUAUGCAUGGAACUAAGCUAUUACAAACUGAAGCUUUAGCUUUGAAGGAUAAAAUGGCACAUGUUAAAGAAGAAUUAGCAUCCGUUGAAAAGAACACUGGACAAUCUAUAAAAGAUAUUGAAUAUUUAGAUACCAUGAAAAAUCGAUUGGAGAAUGCUAAACGGGGAUUACAUGAAGCUGAUAAUUGGGUGAUAUUAUCGAAUGAAAUUGAAGAUUUAUUGGAAACAAAUGAUAUUGAUGUAAUUUCUGAAAAAAUUGUUAGUAUGCAAUCGUCGUUAAAAAUUUUAGUCAAUACACCAAAUUAUGAAGAACGUAAAUUACAUUUGGAAGGAUUGAAAAAUCGUCUUGAGGCUAUGUCCAGUCCUUUGUUGGUAAAAGCAUUUACAUCUGGAAAUAUUGAGCAAUCUGUAAAAUAUGUCACAAUAUUUAAAUCAAUUGGUAGAUUACCACAAUUAUUAAAAUAUUAUCAUAAAUGCCAAAAAGGUAUACUAUUACAAAAAUGGCGUAAUUUAUUAGAAAUUGAUCAAGAUGAAUCAUUAAAUCAUUGGAUGCAUAAUUAUUAUGAUUAUCUAUUAUCACAUUGGCAUUCACAAAUCAAAUGGUGUAAUCAAGUAUUUCCAUCGAAUAAAGUUAUACUAACAUUAGUGGAAAUUUAUACUGAUUUAUUAUUAAAUAUUGAUCCAAGUUUUAAUGAAUGUAUUGAUGCUGCAUUAAAACAACAAAUUAAUAAAUUAGAUUUAUUAAUGCAAUUAAAACAAAUUAGUAAACAAUUUGCUGAUAAUUUGUAUACAAUUAUUGAACAUGUUGAUACAAAUAAAACAUGCUCAGAAGAAUUAUUACAAUCAUUAGCGAAGGCAAUAUUUUCACCGUAUGUGAUUUACAUAAAAAAUUACGGUAACUAUGAACAAAAUUACUUAAAUCAACAAUUAAAUAAUUUACAAUGCAUCAAAGAAGAAUUACCAGAAACAAUACAAAAGUUAGGAAUGUCAAUACCAGAAAUAUUUGAUUUAGCAAAUGCUGCAAACAAACGUUGUAAACAAUUUAGUGAAGGUUACGGUUAUUGUGGCUUAAUAAAUGCAUUAAAAGUAUUCUUUACGUCCUUUGUGGAUCUAUUACGUAUAGCCCUACGACAAAUUGAUCGUGCCAAGGGUAUUGAAGAAGAUUGGAAUAUGUUUCAAAUUUGUGUAACACUUUUACAAACAUCCGGUAGCUUUUUAAAUAAUUUACAAGAAUUUGAAACAAAUUUAAUAAUUAACAUUCAAGAAACUUCAAAAAUAUCUGAGAAUUGUUUUAAACAAUAUAAGUAUUUAUUACUGGAUACAAAUGGUCAAAAAGAACACGAAUCAUUGUUGAAAAGUUUACUAAGUGAAAUGACUUUUAUGGAUUCAGUUAAUAUGACUGUACAAAAAUUAUGUAAUGAUAUUCAUCAUACAACGUAUCAAGUUAUAUUCGCACCAAUUACUGUGCAAUUGGAAUUAGUGAAAACGGCACCAGCUUGGUCGAAAAAUCCACCGACCGUGUUACACUCAGAUUUACCUGAUUAUAGUUUUACACCACAAGAAUAUAUUACUCAGAUUGGUCAAUAUUUAAUGACAUUACCUCAGCAUUUGGAGCCAUUUUUAUUACAAGAUAAUUCAUCUUUACGCAUUGCAUUAAAGGCAGCUGACAAUGAAUAUUCAUCAUCAGUUGCCGACGAAGAAGGUGGUCUUGCUGAUGUAUUGUUAUCAAUAGUAGCUCGUGGAACGUGUCAAACUUAUUGUGACAAUAUUAUUUCCAUUGCCGAAUUAAAUGGUGGAGCGAAUAAACAACUAGCAACCGAUAUAGAAUAUCUUGGUAAUAUUUUGGGAGAUUUAGGAUUAUCGUUAUCGGAGCAACUACAGCAAUUGGUAACUCUGUUAAGAUUACCUGCUGAAGAGUAUCAAACAGGUAGUACUAAAUGUUCGGCACGAUUAGUGGCGGCUGUUCGUCAAAUGCGUAAUAUAACAUCUUCAGGAUAAAUUCUUAUUGCUAAAAUGUGAGUAUUAGAACAUAAUUUACAAAAUAUGAGAAAAAUUUACAGAAUAACACUUUGAAUCAUUUAACGAAAAUUUAACACUAAUUUUUUUGGAAUAUGAAUGUUCUAGAUUAUAGAAGAUUCCAAAAUGUUCCACUUCCAGGUAGAAAGUAUCUAAUUGAAUAUAUUUACUCACACUAGAUAGAAUGUAUUUGAGUGUAAUAAUGCCUGUGUAUUCAUCACGUAAAAACUUCUGAAGAUAUUGAGGUCCUUCUUUAAAUAUCUUUGAAAUAAUUCAGUGCUUAAUUUACAUUGCUUGGCCACUUUUACAUUUUACAGACUUUAAUAGUUCAGAUAAUUAUGACAUGUUUCGACUAAUAUAGACAUUUUCAAACUUUUUUUUUGAGC